UCUAGGCUUCUCCGGAGGAAUCCAGGGUGCGCGCGGCUCCCGGUGGCGAUUCGCGUGUGGUGGACCUCUGGGAAAGUUUCGGAUUUGUUUGUCCUCUUUCUGAAGAUUCAAGGUUGGCCGUUAGGCCUGGGAGAUUGGAAACUAGAGGCUGCUACUAAGUAUUCUGGCUCUGCCCACGGGCACCUUCAGGGACGCGUGGAAGGAAGGGCAGGGCGUGCUCCUGGAUACUGGUCCCCUCGGCCUCGGAACCGUGCUGCGGAAUCCUCCGUCGUCUCUCCGGGCGGCAGUCGUGUAGUAGAAGUGGAAACUGAUGCAUUGAAAAGGAGGAAAGGUUCCCCGACCCUUGCCCCGAAGGCUCCCAGAAUUCUGCAGAUUGAUCUGGUUUUCUAAACACGGGUACUCGAAGAAGGCUUAAAUGUUGGAGCGGGAGCGCCUAGAAUUAGAAUUUCUGUGUAUGUGCAAAACUGACUUCUCAACACCGGCUGCGUGGGAUUCGUGAUUGUCUCUCGCCAUCUUGGGGCUCCAACAUGUACUUUUAUUCUUGGUUAAGACGGCUGUGUGGAGGUUUAUCCACACCCUGCGGAAGGACCCAGCCGGUCUGGGGUACUCUGUCCAGAAGUCUGGGGCUGAGUUCCCAGAGAAUUCCAGAAUUCAGUAGCUUUGUUGCCCGGACCAACACAUGUGGAGAGUUGCGUUCUUCUCACUUAGGCCAAGAAGUCACCUUGUGUGGAUGGAUUCAGUACCGAAGGCAAAACAUAUUCCUGGUCCUAAGAGAUUUCCAGGGGCUUGUUCAAGUUGUCAUCCCCCAGGAUGAGUCAUCUGCCUCAGUGAAGAAGAUUUUAUGUGAAGCUCCAGUGGAAUCUGUGGUGCAAGUGUCUGGGACAGUCAUUUCCCGACCUCCAGGACAAGAGAAUCCAAAAAUGCCAACAGGUGAGAUUGAAAUCAAAGUUAAAACAGCUGUGCUUCUGAAUUCCUGCAAGAAGCUGCCCUUUGAAAUUAAGGACUUUGUGAAGAAAACAGAGGCUCUUCGUUUGCAGUAUCGCUACUUAGACUUACGCAGUUUCCAAAUGCAGUAUAACCUGCGACUGAGAUCUGAGAUGGUCAUGAAAAUGCGGGAAUAUCUCUGUAAUCUUCACGGGUUUGUGGAUAUUGAAACUCCAACAUUGUUUAAGAGGACCCCAGGGGGUGCCAAGGAGUUUUUAGUACCAUCCAGGGAACCUGGAAAGUUUUAUUCUCUCCCUCAAAGUCCUCAGCAGUUUAAACAGCUUCUGAUGGUUGGCGGUUUAGACAGAUAUUUUCAGGUUGCCCGAUGUUAUCGAGAUGAAGGCUCAAGACCAGACAGACAACCCGAGUUUACUCAGAUUGACAUAGAGAUGUCUUUUGUAGACCAGACUGGGAUUCAGAGUUUAAUUGAGGGUUUGCUCCAGUAUUCCUGGCCCAGUGACAAAGCUCCUAUAGCGGUUCCUUUUCCUUCUGUGACUUUUGCUGAGGCAUUGGCCACCUACGGAACGGAUAAACCUGACACUCGCUUUGGAAUGAAGAUUGUAGAUAUCAGUGAUGCGUUCAGAAACACCGAGAUUGGAUUUCUUCAGGAUGCGCUUAGUAAGACCCAAGGAACCAUCAAAGCCAUACGUAUUCCCGAAGGAGCAAAAUAUUUGAAAAGGAAAGACAUCGAGCGCAUUAGGAAAUCUGCAGCUGACCAUUUUAAUCAGGAAGUCUUACCUAUAUUCCUGAUAGCCAAUAGCAACUGGAACUCUCCAGUUGCUAAAUUCAUAAUGGAGGAACGAAGAUUGGAAUUGAUCAGACUGAUGGAGAUCCAAGAGGAAGAUGUGGUCCUACUAACUGCCGGAGAACACCAGAAAGCAUGCACUUUGUUGGGAAAAUUACGCCUGGAAUGUGCUGACCUUCUAGAGAUGAGAGGCAUGGUGCUGCGCGACCCAGCUGUGUUCUCCUUCCUGUGGGUUGUAGACUUCCCACUCUUCCUUCCCAAGGAGGAAAGUCCUAGAGAGCUAGAGUCAGCCCACCACCCGUUUACGGCUCCCCAUCCUGGCGACAUCCACCUCCUAUGCAGUGAGCCUGAAAAGGUCCGAAGCCAACACUAUGACUUGGUUUUAAAUGGCAGUGAGAUUGGAGGUGGUUCUAUCCGAAUUCACGAUGCAGAGCUACAGCGUUACAUCCUGCAAACACUGCUAAAGGAAGAUGUGAAAUUGCUCUCCCAUCUGCUCAAAGCUUUAGAUUAUGGAGCACCCCCUCACGGAGGAAUUGCCUUAGGAUUAGACAGACUGAUAUGCCUUGUUACUGGAGCUCCAAGCAUCAGAGAUGUCAUCGCCUUCCCAAAAUCCUUCCGAGGACAUGACCUCAUGAGCAAUGCCCCAGAUUCUAUUCCUUCUGAGGACCUGAAGCCCUACCAUAUCCAGGUCUCUUGGCCAAUAGACUCAGAAGCAGAAAAGAGCUCAUUGAAUCAUCCACACUGUCCAGAUUGUUAAGCUUCUGGCUUUGGUCUUUGCUUCCCCAAAACUAAAAUCAGAUCCAGAGUUCUGCUGUAGAUCUGACAAUUAGGUGUAUUUUUAAGAUUUAUUUUUAUUUUAUUCAUGAUAGAGUGCAUACAAGGAGAUAGAGACAAAAGCUCCCUCAACAGGGUUCAGUUAUGCCACAAUCCCCUUUCAGCUCACCAGGAUCCUGGGUGCCCAGACAGGCACACAGGCGCCAAGAGUCUUUUCAGGCCAAUCCAAGGAUCUGACCUGUAUUCAGACUUGUGGCUUCCAGCACUGUAGUUCAGUUUCCACCACCCAGCUGGGUCACAAUGAAGAAACAGGUAGACGGUGUUCCAUUUUGACUUGAUCAUAUGCAUCAUUAAGGUUUUUUUAGCUUGGAUUUUUUUGAAAUCCCAAAAUGAGGAAAUAUAAAAGACAGCUCUUUGUUAUUGGCUUAAUGUUUUCUAAUCAUGCUUUUUUUGUAUCCAGAUGUUCAUUCACUUAGGACAAAGGCAAUCAACCCACGUGUCAAAUGUGGGAAAAUGUUUGCUCCUUCAGACUUACCAGUUGAUGGAGGAUUUACUUCAUCAGCCUCAUUCAAGGAACCUCAUAAAUUAAGUGUUAGAAGACAUUCCAACUAUUAACACAAGAUGAUGAGAAGUAGUAUAACAAAAAAACAGUAAUUUGAGUUACAAAACCUGAUUUGGUGAUUAACUUUGGAAAAGUUAUAUAACUCUUCCCCCCCCCACAAGGGGAAUUUUAUUGAUUACUUUAUUCCCUCACAAAAAGACCAACUAUAAUUAAAUGAGAUGAACAUUCACCUUAAGAUUUUGUCGUCUUCAAUAAAAGAUGAAGCUUAGAACUGGA